CUUCUACCAGGUGCUACCAGUAGACAACAUACUGCAGUUGUGCUGCUUUGUAGUAGCUCUCCAAACAUGGGAGUGACAUCCCUCCUUCGUCUUUUGCCAGCUUCAACCAUGAGUCGUCGCAAGGUGAAUGCCAAUCCCACAGAUGAUUCAUCCCCCCAGAACAGCAUAAAAGCCUCACCAAAUGCAGUUCAGGAGGUUGAAAGACUUAAAUUACUUCUUGAGGCAGAGAAAGAGAAGGGCGUAUUCGUGAUGAAACCAUCUCCCUCCUCAAAGAUGACAAAACCUACCUGCAAGGACAACUUGGGAAAAAAGGAUGAGCUCAUCCAUCAGCUACUCUCCAAGAAGGAUGAUGAUAAUUCUAGAGUCAUGUCUGGCAAGUCAAGUGUCAAACGCAAGCAUGGGGAUGAUAGAAAAGCCCCUUUGAAGAAAGCCAAACAAUUAAAGAGCAACGUUAUUGACGAUGAAGAGGAAGAAUUCAGUUCUGUUCUUUCUGAUUCAUCUGAAGUCUGUCUGUGUUGCUGGGCGUGGACUCUGGGUUCCCUCCUCCUGCCUGCCCAUCUGAUCUCCUGCAGCUGCUGGUUCUCCUCACCUGCACCUAAUCUCCAAUCAAGCCCUGCAGUGUAUAUAACCCUGGUUCAGACCUCCAGACUCCGCCAGAUCGUUCAGUCUCUGUUGCGAUCCUCCUUGCCAGCUCCACCACUAUACAAGACUCGACCUGCCUCAAUUCUGUCUUCAGCAGCCAAUUUGGUUUCUCCUCCUUCAACUCCACCACCUGCCCUGCUCCGCCGAACCCAACCUGUCCACUCCAGCCAAGCCUUCAACCAACUUUCCUUUUUUCCCAAAAAAAUUCAUCCAUGGAUAGUCACCGAGUGAGGAAGUCAAAAUCUCCAGCCUCUUCCUCCUCUUCCCGCCAUCAAGUUAAACCCUCGAACACUGAUGACCUGAUUGGAAGAAGACGAGCUAGAAACACCAGGGGCAUCAUUGCUCGCUACAAGAUGGCUAUGGAUGCCUUCAACCGAGGCGGUUCCUGCUUCCCAUCGCCACCCAUGUCUAACCAUGUCACUAAUUGUUCAUUUAAGUGUUAAGGUUAGGUUUGCACUUGAUGCCGAUACAAGAUCAGUAUUAUUUUUUUAUGAUGACAAAGAGAUUUAUUUUUAUUCUUUUCAGUAGCAUUGGGUGAAAGUUUAAAAAUGUUUGCCACAUGUUAAGUUAAAAUGAAUGCAGGUUUGCACUUGUUAAGGUUUCUAUUUUGAAAAUAAAGUUGAGAAAUAGAGAGACUUAAUAAAUAAAAUAAAUAGAGACUUUUAUAGUGGCUGCAAGUCUUGUCAUGGCAGCACACAAUGCUGUUUCUUCUGUUUUAGCAAGUCUCACCAGGCAGUGACCAGUAGAUGCAACUAAAUCCUACACACUCAACUUUUA